AUGAGUUCAAACAAGAAACAGAUCUUCCGCAUCAGUAUUGCCUUGUCCGAUGUGACAAAGUUGAAAAUGAUUAAGGGAAAGCUAACAGACAAAGCGUUAGACAAAUUUGUUGACUGCUAUGGAAAUAUUCUUGAGUUGCUGAAAGUCAAUGUUCAAGUAGAGGCCAUCACCGCCCUUGUUCAGUUUUACGAUUCUCAGCUAAGGUGUUUUACUUUCCAGGACAUCCAGUUAGCACCUACUUUGGAAGAGUUUGACAGGAUUUUGGGAUUUUCCAAAAUCAAGAAAGAGGCUUAUACAGGAAUUUGGAAAGUAGUUAAGGUUGUUGAUUUUGCCAAAGAGUUAAGGAUACCCUCCACAAACUUGGCAGUCAACUACAAAGCUGAUGGUGAUGUUCAAUGGAUUAAAAGGUCUUUCUUAGAAUUGCAGGCUUUAUCUUAUGCUCAAAAGAAACAGUGGGAGACAUGCCGGAAUUGUUUAGCUCUUUUGAUGUUUGGGGUGAUUUUGUUUCACAAAGUUAUUGAUUAUGUGGACCCUGCUGCUAUCAAUGUUUUCUGGACGGUAAAGGUUUUAGGUGCUGAUCCAACUCCUACAAUACUUGCUAAUAUUUAUUAUACCAUUCACAAUCGUUGUGUGAAAGGGAAGGGGAUGCUUUUUUGUUGUAUCCAUAUCCUAUAUUCUUGGUUGACAUCCCAUUUGUAUAAGGAAAACUAUUUGGCUAAGGACCUGACAAGACGUGAAUGGUCUCAAAAGUUGAGGACUCUCAGUGCUGAUUUCGUCUUAUGGUAUACAAGGAAACUUAAUAUUGAAGAGGUUAUUUAUAAAUGUGGAGAUUUUCCUAAUGUUACUAUAAUUGGGAUGCAUGGUUACAUUAAUUAUAAUCUUGUGUUAACUUUACGUCAUCUUGGAUACCCUAUGAACGAUAAACCUUCUGAGGAUCAAAUCCAAUAG